AUGGAGACUUGUACAAUACCUAUACUGAUUAGCAACAGAUACACAGGAAGUGAGAUGUUGUUGAAAAACCGGUGAUGCAUUAAUGCCACACUGGAAGUGACAUUCCGCUGCUAAUCUCAGCUGCUACUCAUGAUCGAAUCAAGACUGGAUACUUAAACACAACGGACGGUAGAUCCUACAGAACUGAAGAAGGCGGAAGCUGAAACGCGUUUGCUGUGUAUAUUCACUGAUUUUGGGAUUGGACUUGUGAGGACCGUUUGUCAGGUCCCAUGGCCCCGUGCCGCUCGCGGCGACCUUGCUUACCUCAUUACAGCGAGCGGCGUCAUCUGGUCCCUGUAUCCAGACUGGCAUUGUGUCUGAGGCUGCACGCUCCAGAGCAGCUUCCCUAUAUGUGUGCUGCACCCGGUCAUGUGCUCCGGCACACAGUGAUGACCUCAGAGACCACAAGGGAGGGAAGAAACUCCUCCCAUGUGUUGUGAGUAACACUAAUUGGAGGUUAGCCAAUCAGACACACCCUGUGUGUAGAUAGGCUAACCCCUCCCUUGCCUCAGAGCCCUGUUGUGGUCUUUGGUUUACCAUUGAGCGUUGCACUUGUUAUUUGAAUUUCCUGGUUUCUGAUACUAGGCUUUGUCUCUCGUUAUUCCGUCUCUCUGUUUCCCUUGACCUCGGCUCGUGUUUUGACUAUCCCUUUUUGCAUAAUCCAACCAUUCUAAUGAUCGGUAUUGCAAUUAUCUCUACUCUGUCCUGUCUACGUGUUAGGGUUCCCUAGUGAACGUUACAUUAUUGUUGCGGUGAUAUUUUCUACAUAUAAAUAUAUAUACACUGCUUUCCUUCUUUGGACUCCAGUCCUUUAUUCCCCUUUUUAAUUGUUUUCAAUAAAUUGUCACUUUUAUCUACUGAUCCGGUACUCCUGUCUUGGCACUAGAUCGUUGAGCCUGUAUAGGCACCCCCACGCUGAUUAUACAGAGCCUGGCACGGCUCUUGCUUUGUGAGUUUGAUUCUUCUCAUCGUGCUUUAUUUAUAUCUGGCUGUAUACUGAAAGCACUAUGUUUUUAUUAUUUUUAUCUUCACAGUUAUACUGAGCCUGUGCUGUUCGCAAACAUAUUUAAGUAUACCUUGUGUGUACACUUUGGGUGUAUAUAUAUAAUUUUAUUUCUGUUUUUAAGAAGCUUGUACAGCCACCCUGUUAACCAACUUUAUCCAAACACACAACCGUUGCUUACUUCGUGGGAACUUGAUAUAAUGACAAAUGUGGAGAAGUAAUUAAACAAUUACCUUACUUGAAUUACUUUACUCAAAAUUUACGAUCUGCCUUCAAAAACAACACAUUAUACAUGAGCAUAAAUUAACUCUAUAUUUGCACAUCUGGAUGUGCAAAUAGAUUGCAACCUGCUUAAAAUGCCUGGUCAUUUAUUUUUGGUAUGCAACUUAAAGGCAGAUUAUAUUAAAUAUAUAUAAUUCAUAGCAGCCAAGAGGGAUAUGUGCACUUGGAUGACAAGAAUGAAUUGCAGCUGUGUCUUGUUGAAAGUAACUCCUUUAAUAAUUCUGUCUUUUAUCAGCAAUGAUUGUGACUAUCAUCAGUUAGUGUUUUCCCAUAUAUUAUUUCUCAGAUAAAGAAUAGUUGCUAUACAGACGUAAAGAUGUAGUUAAGAAUUCCAUGUUUGAAUAUUGUCUGAAACAAUACUCAAACAUGGAUUAAUUUACUAGAUCUUUAAAUUGUCCUGGGUUCUUUAUCUCUUGCUUAUCCCACUGAUAUUACACGUUUUGCAGGUUGCAAAGCAUAUCAUCAUACCUUAAAGUCAUAAUCUAAGCACCAAAACAACUUUAGCUUAUGGAGGCAGUUUUGGUGUAUAGAUCAUGCCCCUGGAGUCUCACUGCUCAAUUGUCUGUCAUUUAGGAGUUAAUUCACAUUUGCUUCUGCUUAUGCAGUCCUACCCACAUCUCCCCUGACUGUGACUCAUCCACAGCUUGCAUUAAAAAAAAUGGUUUAAAUCAGUUCUGGCAGCACAAGGUGUUUACUUUAAAAGUUUGUAUCUCCUGCUCUGUUUUUUGAACAGUAAUCACACCCAGGAGGUGCUUGUAGGUAUUAAUAGAGCAAGAGAGAAGAAGAUCCAGAUUGUGCAAUAAAGUGAGUUUAAAUAUUACAUCUCUAUUUCCAGGAAAUUUAUAGGGAGACUGUAUAGGUCACAUGCAGGAGAGGUGUGGCUAGGACUGCAUAAACACAUUGCCUUUGCUCAUAAAUAGCAUAGCAUUGAGCAGUGAGACUGCAUGGGAAUUAUUUUUACACCAAAACCACUCCAUUAUGCUAAAGUUGCUUUUGUGCUUAUAGUGUCAUUUUAAGAGAUUGCAAGUUGUGCAGUUAAAUUUUAAAAUACUGCAUUGCAUUUGCAGGAAUGAUUGGAGUGCUGGCCUCUAGCCUAAUCAAAAUGUAUAAAUGUUAUAUCAGUAUAUGACAGACAUUCUAUUUGUCUUUUCUAAAUCCCAUUUUAAUUAAAAUUUGUGUUGUUCAGCAUACCUGGCACAGUAUUCAAUUGGAAAAUGACAAAAACUAUUAGGAGACUGGAAAUAUUAAAAUACAGUAUGGGAUCAGUAGGCAGGUUGGUAGAUGGAAGGGCAGGCAUAUAGAUAAGAUAUUCUCCAGAAUUUAGAAUAUAAAUUCUAAGACAACAUUAGAUUUUUUUCAGUAUUGAAAUUGAGGUUAGCGAACCCUCUUAUUUAUUAAUCAACUACACUUCAAAAAUGUGAUCAUAUCCCAUUCACUUUUUUUUUUUUACUAUAACUUUAGAACACAUUUUAAUAGUAAACCUAGAUUUCUAAAAUGUACUAUUUCCACACAAAUAAAUGAUAAAUAUACCCUAGAGUUUCCUUUGAAAUGGUGUAUAUAAAGUCUGAUACUCAUUUUGGUAUUCCAUUACUGCUCUGUUGUUACUAUAACAUGAAGUAAUCUGAGAAACAUGCAGAACAGAUUUUCUUCCAUAGUAAAUAUUAUUUUAUUUUCACUGAUAUGCAUUUUUGCAUUGAUUUCAAGCAUUAUCUCAUUUUUAAUAAUAAAAUAUAUGUUGUUUUUCUUUGCUGUGUUUCUUUUAAGUUUAAAAUAAUCUAAUUCUUUAAACCAGAGACUUCAAAAUAUUUUUAAAGGUAAAGCAGCUUUAAAUGUGAAAAUUUUAACAAACGGAAUGUUCGGCUGAUUGCUAUAGUACUUUAAAAAGCAUGCAAUUGUACAGAGCGUUUUACCAGUGAACAUUAAAGAUAAAAUAUUCAAGAUAGUAUGUAAUUAAUCUAUAUAAGCUGCUACAACACUUUGUGUGUUCUUCGCCCAAAAAUGCAUAAAAAAAACACAAUGCACAUCAAAAUCCAAUGCAUUAUUAAUCCAACAAUGAAGCACUCACGUUAAAUAGAGCUUCUAAUCAGGCUCUAGCUUUUUGAGCUCCUUAGCCCAUUCCGGUGGCCACUCCCCUUAAUAUCAGAAUAUAUUUAAUAAAGUAUGAUAAGGAUAUCCUUACUUAACAGGAGUCUCUAUAAAAAAAUGACUUUUUUUUAACAGAAAUGAAGAAGCCAACAUAUUGGCUAAACACGUUUCUGGGUGUUUUUUUAAUAUAUUUUUCUGACAAUUUAUUGUAAUAAAGUUUUCUGCACACUACUGCAGCCUGAUUGCCCCUGUAAUUAUAGGAGAGACAACAGGUUGCCAAAAAGAAGUGGUUUUCUGCACAUUCAUAUUUUUAAGCUUAUGCUACAAUAAAAGUUUUUUAUGAAUACCUGUCGAUCUGUCAUCUUUGCAAAAUAAUGAGCUGGAUCUCUGUUAUUGGAUCCCAUGUACUCUAGGGGCAAAUCCUCCAGAAGUCGUGCUCUUUGAGUCGUACGUAGCUACUCAUUACUUAGAACAAAAAAACUUGGUGUUAUUUAUAAGUAUACACAAAAAUAGGGUAUUGUGCACCAAUUUUAAUUAUGUAGGUAAUUUAAAGGAUUUUACAAUCUAUGAAGAGUUUGAGGUAACACCUGUACAAACCUGUAUUGCUAACACUAUGGUAUUCUCCUCUGACAUGACCUCAAGUUUCCCCUCCUCGAAUUUAAAUUUAAUAAAAUGGAAGAUUAGGUAUUAUUAUAUAAAAGUGCUUAUUUAAAUAUACCUCCUAACAGACAGGUAAUGCGGACUUCCAGCUGUGUUCAACAUCAAAUACAGCUUGAAUGUCCUUGAACCAAAUGAUAUGAACAUGGUUACAAUGUGCAUAAUGUUGAUUAUAGUGGCAGCGGAUGCCAGGAGCUGAUAUUAAGCAGAUAAGUAUCCAGUACUAGAAAAUAAGGCAAGACUAGAAGAACCCAGAACUGGAGCAGGACAGGAAGCAGAACCCAGAACAUGCACACAAUACAUGAGGGAAACAUGAACAGCACAUGGACAGUGCAGGACAGGACUGUACAUGAACUGGGAAUACAAGACAAAAUAAAACAAGACAAGAGAUACAAGGCAAAACAAUAGGAGAAAUAACGAAGUACUGUAUAUGCAAUAAACAUUGGAGAUUUAGACAUACAUAAAUGGCCAAGAUGUAUGCAGCCCACCAGUGCGACAAAGUACUCCAAUUACGGUGGGUCCUAACUGCCUAGAUAUGCAUGACUAAAUGAACAACAAUAAAACACACACAGUACUUACCUGCAGGGAAAGGAGCAGAGGAAAUGAGACCACUGCUAGCAGGAACGGACUGAAACAAAAAGGAUUAAUGGCAAAGGAAUGGGUGUGGCAACAAAAAACAAACAUUUAAAGGCCAGUAGACUGGGAAUUCCAGGAAUGGAAUAAAGGAAUGAACCCAGAAAACCCAGCAAAAAGAAAACCAGACAUAGAAUAGAAAACCAGAAAAAACAAGAAAAACUAAACGAGAAUUGUAAAAAGUGUACUGGAUACCAGAAGCCAAGGCCAGAAAUAUCCGCAGAAUGGAACAGGAUGUGACAAUUUGCCAAUCAAUAACUGAUAGAUAUCUUCGCUGUUUAGCAAGUAGACCCCAUCAACCUUUACAGAUAUAGCCUUUCUUUUUUUCUUGUAACCAGACCUUCAUUAUUCUAAAUAUUCAAUUUGCCAUUUCAAUUGAUAGGACAAAUUAACAAAAUUAUUCCAGGUACCUAUUUCAUUAACAUUGUGCAAAGUCCGUUGAAUGACAUGGCCAAUUCAAUUAAAAAAGUUAAGUUUAUAUUUGUAGCGCUCUCUUUAGUUAAGCAAAAUUAUAAAAGCUUUUCAGUUAUUUUCAAUUUAUACAAAUGUGUUUCCUUUAUGCUCUUUGAUAUCCCUUAAUAAAAUGAAAUUUUUCAGAAUCUAUUAUUCUGUAUACCUAACUGCUUAUGUGACAGAAUGUACUCUGCAUUUUAUCAUGGCGUACAAUAUCAAAUACAUGUCAGGAAAGUUAUGAAGCAUUUGAGCGACUGAGUGAAAGUAAAUUGCAUAUUUGUUUGUUCUGUGUCAAGGUUGAAAAUAAAUAAAUACAUAAAAAAUUGCUUUCUAUCAACAUUAGAUUUCUUACUGUGAUUGAGGUGCAAUGGGAAAUGUGAAUCUCAGUAGUCAUUUUACUGUAAUAGUCAAUGGACAUGUACCAUUUUAAGUUCCUCUCCUGAUGCACAGGGAUACAAUAGCAUCUUUUACAAUCUUUAGAUUGUAAGCUUAAUUUGCUAUCUAGCUAAGCACUUUGUAUAAAAGAGCUUCAAUGGCUAGAUCUCAGCUUACGGGCAGGGCCCUCUUUACUUUUUGUAUUUGUCUGUGUAUAUUGUACGUUCUCCCAUAAUUGCACAGCGCUGCGGAAUCUGUUGGCGCUUUAUAAACACCAGUAAUAAAUAAAUAAUAUAUUUAAAGGAAAUCUGUUACCUCAGCACUAUUUUGUAAUAUUAUAAUAACCCUUUCAUAAUUUUUUUGAAAAGAUAUAGAAUCUUUGUAAAAUUAAGUAUAUGUAGAAAAAAAAAGAGAGAAAAAAAAACCCAUCCGUACCUUUAGCACAUGACAGGAUCCUCCAGCCAUAGACAUGCACCAUGGAUCAGGCAGUUUUUGAAUUUGACUGUAGGUCUAAUGAUGUCAUUGCACUGUGAUUUACACUGGGAGUGACGGGGAGCUGCACUAUAUAAUGCAGUGUGUGUGUAUAUAAUGCAGAGUGUGUGUUUGUAUGAGUGUGUGUGUAUAUAAUUAUAAAAAUCACAGAAUUUCAGAGCCCCAAGUUUUACCCUCGACUUAUCCACGAGGCAUAGCAUAUUUCACAAUUGUUGGUCACAAAACUGCACUCGACUUAUACACGAGAUUGACUUAUAAACAAGUAUAUACGGUAUUUGUUAUGGAUGAAAUUCCUCACAGAAAAUAUUGUGGUUAGUAAAUUAGAAAUCAGAAAGUGUUAGUUAAAGUGGACCCAUCACCAAAAAGCAAGUUUAUAUUAAUGGAACGGAUACAACCUGAAAUUAUUAUUAUAUUGUUGACAUUUUUAUAUGUGACAUGGUUCAGCCAGCACUACAAAAGUCAUUUAUUAGUUAUUCAACGAUUUAACAGAUUUAUCUUGCAAUAUAUUAUACUAAUAGGCAGGGGUGUUGCUACGGGAAAAAAUUACCAGGGACUUAAGCCCAAGGGUACAUUUAUGGCCCCUCCUGCAUAUAAUGGCUUAGGCCCCUCCCAAAACCAGCUCUAUGUCAUGCCCUAAGUUGAAGCCCUCUCAUUAUGGUCCUAGUGUCUGCUGCUCAAUGUGAUAAUGUUUAAUAAUAUGAUCAAGCUGUGCUGCCCCGGGACUGUUCCCUGGUGUCCCUGGAUGUGAGACACCAGGGAACUAAUAGCAAACCAGCCAGUAUUAACACUUCAUCCCAUUACAUAAAAACACUGUACCCACAGCAAUACCCUAGACCAGGCAUAGGCAACCUUUGGCACUCCAGAUGUUUUGGACUACACCUCCCAUGAUACUUUGCCAGCAUUAUAGGUGUAAGAGCAUUAUGGGGGAUGUAGUCCACAAUAACUGGAGUGCCUAAGGUUGCCUAUCCCUGCCCUAGACGGUGCUGUACAAUUAACUGAAAAUAUGGUGCAUGAAAGUGGCACUGUCACAAAUUAUAUUAUUGGAGGUAUUGUUUCUCAUUCAGUAUUACGGGGAACUUAAUGGAACACUCCAGGCACCAUAACAACUUUUGUAAAAAUUAAGUUAUUAAGGUGCCAGGAGGUCCCUGGUGGUGGCUCGCCUUUUGUGGUUAAACCAUUCUCAAAUGUUUAACCCCAGUGUCUGACUUUAUUAAUGGGCAGUCAAUGAUUGGCUUAUGAAGUUGCUAUGGUGCCCAAACUGGUCUUUAAAGCUAACAAUAAAAUGGUGCCAAAAUUAGACCCAGGACUUUUCAGGGCCCAACCCAGGACUCCAAGACCUGCCAGCCUCCUCUCCCUUCCCUCCUCAAUGACCCUGCUAAUGGAAAUUCACUUUCUUUUAUACUUAGCACUAGCAAAUGUUUUGAGAGGCGCUUCCUAAACUCUAUGGAGACUCUUUCCUGAUUUGGAUCUUCACUCACUUAACUAACCCUCCAUUUCAAUCACCACAUAUGCAGCUGUAACACAAGAUAGCAGUCUAUACAUUUCAGUAGUGUAGGUAGAGCUCUGAUUUGGCUCUGCUUCAGCCCUGAAUUAUAUUAAAGUGAGACUGCUACUAUUUCCUGCUGAAAUUAACCUGGCUACAGACAAGGAUAACGAUUGAAUACAGGCAAUAUGGAUGCUGGGAGGUCAAAUAGGGACAUAAAAGGAAAUACAUGGAGAUUAUUCAGGAAACCGUAAAGGGGUUAUCUACUUAAUUAAGAAUCCAAAAUGAAUUUCAAAAAUUAAGGACCAGCUGAAUUGGAAAGAAUUGUCAUAGCAUAGUUACAACUAUAAGUAGGUUUUACUGAUUAGAGAAAUGUAUUGAUAUAAACAAAUAGGGCCAGGCUCCUAAGCUGCGAGAGAGGACAAAAUAUUAUCACAAAAGGGACCUUUUGGCUCUCAUAUUAAAUUUUACCAAUCCCAGAUUAGUAAUGGUAUCACAAAGUAUUUCUUAAAAAUACAAGUUAUAAGAAAUAUUUUAUAUUAAUAUAGUAUGUUCCGUUAAGUAUGUUGUAUUAUCACUUGAGCUAUUAUGAAUUGCAUCAUUAAAACUCUUUCAACUGAAACUUUCACACUCUGCAUGUAACACAUGUAAUGCUAUCAAAAUCUUGAAAUUCCUAAAUUAUUAGAUUAUCCAUAAAAAGGGGUCGUAACUUGUCUAGAAGUGGUAGUUUCUUGUUCAAUCAUCCUAGCAAACUGUAACAUAUUUGCUUGGUGAAUAUCGCUAGAAAGGUUCCCUAACUUUUAGUUAGCUAUUGGAUUGUGCAAAAGUCUCAUCAAUUACAGUUUUCCUAUAAGUUGCUAAAAACGAUGACACUGUACAGUGAGCACAAACAACAAUGUGCACAAGCGCAAACAUAAAUCAUUUCAAACGUUACAAACAGAUGUAUACUGAAACAGAACAGUGGGAAAACUUGCUUUUUCAAGCAUGUCUCUUAAAGUAAUCUUAUAUUACACAUAAUUUGCCAUAACAGAAAACGGAGUGGUUUAUAGAAAUUUUAAAUAUGUUUAUUCUACAUAUAGUCAAGCCCUGACAUAACAAUAAUGGCAUUUGCCCUGCAAUUGUGUUAACAACCUCACCUAACACUGUUGAUCAACAUGGGGAGCAAGAGAUCUGUGUCCCUUGCUGCACAGAUUGUAAUCAGUGUUCCUUUUUGUUAUACAUAAGGACCAGGGACAUCAUAUUAUAACAUGGAACAUAAUCAGCAAUUAAAAAGAAAACGAUAGCGUAAGCAUGAUAGUAUGGAAGAGCUAUCAGAUCUACCUGGGGGGCUCAAAUCUCCACAUUUUACAUGGAAUCACAGUCUCUACACCAAAAGGCCUGUCUCCUAGGGAUAGGGAAUGUAUAAAUUGUGUGCAGAUGGAGAGUUAGGGGCCAAAGCAUUUGAUUUAAAUACACAACUCUUAACCACUAGUUGUGCCACUGUAGAUGAGCAAUAAAUUGCUGCCAGUUUAUACUAUAGAACCUACGUAUAGUAAAGAAGUUUAGAUGUGCUCUAGUUUAUGGUUUAUGCCUUGUCUUAUGUCAGAGAUAGGGACAAGGCAGUAAAUAAAUAUGUCUGAAAAUAAAAUACAUAAAAUAUUUAAUGGCUUGACAUUUUAAUAUAUUGUGAUGUAAAGCGUGAGGCAGGUUUAUUUGUAGAACAAAGCUUGGUAUCCCAUCAACUUGCUCAGAACAUUUCAUGUGGCUCAUAGACAUCUCCAACAGAAUGAAUUCUUUAGAGAUGCAAUCUAUAAAUGGUUUAGACAUCCUUACCCCUGUUCCACCACGGAGUUCAAAAUGAAUCAUUUUCCAAGUCAAACCUUCCAGUUUCAGUCUGAUGAGUCAGAGACUCGUCAUAGUCUAUACGUGUCGGUUUGUGUGAGCUAUGCAAAAGUAAUAGGUUUUUCUCUCUUGCAGCUGCAAAAAAUGCUAAUCAUCAGAAAAGGGGGGAGUCACAAAUUACUGGGGAAUUUUGAAAUGGCUACCGAACUGCGCAAUGGAAAAAAAACAAAAAACGCCACCACCACCACACACAUAUUGUCAAUAUUAGAUACAUGUGGAUCAUUGUUUCAAGUUCACGAUAUAUAUUUUUAAGAUUAAUAUCAUAUAUAUUUUGUUUUGUUUUAUGUUUUACAUAUCCGUUUUGAAUAUGUCGUUUCAGUCUUCAUCUGCACAAUUCAUUUUGACACUUUGAAGAAUAAGAGGCAAAUUGCACUCCUUUCAACAUGACCCCUGUCAGUCAGGUCUAACUUAUUUGUGACGUAAGUCUUCCUCAGUGCAGGGAGGAGAUGUAUGAUUUGGAGUCAGUAAGACACGAUUACCCCAGGCCCCUCCUGCAAGAGAAAGAGAAUAUAAAAGCCACAGCAUGGCAAAGAGAUGACAAAAGCUGGUGUUCGGGGAGAACAGAUAAAGGCAGAUUAAUACUAAUUACAGUGAAGGCAGAAAGAGAGUUGCAGAAAAAAAGGAAGCCAGCAGAAUCUGAAGAAAAGAGAAAAUAGUGAACUACAGUCUAUAGAUUCUAAUGUAAGUACUAUUUAUUCUGUCAUCCAGCUUAAGAGUCUAGAAUGUUACUUUAUUUGAACAGCUCCCAGGUGCUGAAAUUCAUUCUAUGUACCUCUGUGUUCUACUGCAGUUUUAUGUUCUGUGUAAUAUUUGUUUUAUUUUGUUAUUUUAAUUCAUUGAUUUACUUUUUCAUCAUUUUACUAUACAAUCUCUUAUGGAAUUUAGGAAACUAUAUGAGAAUGAAAUUAGCAAUUAGUAAUUGAUAUUGGUUGUUUUAAAGUAUUUUUAAAAUAGGUUUAAAAUAAACUUUUUAAAUUUACUUCCAAAACGUCAUUGGUACCAUAUUGAUUUAUCUUGGGGGGGUGGGGAGGGAAACAAUUGCAUACUUUAAAAAAAAAAAUCUUCUAUGUUAUUGAUUAUUUGCAGUAACGUUACCAACUUUAAGAAAGGUUUCUGUCAUGUGCUUUCGUGUGAUUUGCAUUUGUUUAAAUGGGGAAAUGCAAACAUCAAAUAUAUAAUGUUUUAAAAGUCCAACAACUGGAUUAAAGGAUUUAAGAAGUAAUUUACAAAAUCAGAGUUAAUGUUCAAUAAGUACUAUAUGUGCAGUUUAUUAAUUAGAUUAAAAACAGAAAUGAUGGCAUUAUGGAAAAACAACUUAAAUAAAGAACUUGCAAAACAAAAUUCAAAAUAUCUAAGUCACUAAAUGAUUAACAUGCUUGCAAUGAACCAGGUGCACUCCUUGUAAUGCUUCUAGUUUUUGUUUGUUAUAACACUAAAACAGAGAAGGCUAACGGUACAAGAAUUAGGAUAGAAAUAACUAUCCAGUUUUGCCAUUUUCAAACUUUUUUAUAUAUUGUGUCGAUGUACUGGCAGUAUAAUGAUGAUUUCUUUGUAUUUCUUUUUUCAGAUGCAGGGAAGCAUGAGAUUGUGGAUGUCUGCACUGACUGUAUGUCUGUCUUUGCUGAUAUGCUUGGGCACAUUUGCAGAGGCAUACCCUUCAAAACCAGACAACCCAGGGGAAGACGCUCCUGCAGAGGACAUGGCUAAAUAUUACUCUGCAUUGAGGCACUAUAUCAACCUCAUAACAAGACAGAGGUAGGAAACGAACAUUUGCUUUGGAACGACAGUAAAAUAUUUACAACAAAAUCUUUAGAACUGCAUCCUUAAUUUUAUAGUGGUCAGAGACUUGUACGGUCACUUUGCUCUGCGAUGCACACACAAAUCAAUGAGUAGUUUAAUUAUUUGAUAGCAACAUUAACAGGUGUAGGCAUCUCACAAACAAAAAAAGUAUGAGAAGUGUAGAAAAUAUAUCCCUGAAUUAAGACCUAUCUAAUAAUUAUUUGCUAAAAAAAAAUAAGUUGUUAAGAAUGCAAAAAAAUUAAUUUUUAGCCAGAUCAGCAAAAUAAUUAACCUUAACAUUAUAUACCAACAUAAUUACCAUUGUAAUUACAGAUAGGUAUUUUAUUAGACAGGUUUUAUUAGAUGUUGUAGACAUAUUUUGAUAUAUAAUGUAAAAUUAUUAUUAUUUACAUAAACAUUUUAUUAAAUUCACAUUUUGUUGCUGCUUUACUUAGGACAAAAUACUAAGAUUAAUAGGUAUGCACUUUCUUUGUUAGCAUGCCUGCCUUUUUUUAUAUCUAUGGAGAGCAAACAGGUAAAGGAUGUUUUGUAAAAUUGGUGAUGAUUACUCGGAAAACCAAGGUUUUAGCAAAUAUUGCUCCACAGCAGAGAAAAAAAUACAAACUGUACUGGUUCUAUCAUGCUUCAAUGAGGUGUCCAGCAUUCUGAGCAGAUUAGGUUGAAGUGCUGAGGCAAAGUCACAGAUAUGGUUUAAUGAGAUGUAGCAUGACACAGUGAUCGCAAAACGCUGCUUUGAGUUGAUUAAAAAAUACAGAGUCAAAUGGCACACACUGGAAAAUCAGAAUUGCCUGAAAGCACCAGACAUGGUGAGAAAUAAUCUUUAACGUUAAACUAAGCCCUUUUCAAAUCUACAGGGAACCCAUCAUAGAGAGAAACAUACUGACAGAGCAUCCCAGUGGAAGCUAAUCACCCCCUAAAGAAUUUAACUCCUUAGCAAAUAAUCAGAAAUAUAUUCAGAAGACAGACUAAGUAUAUAUUGUAGCGGUGUCUUCAUCUUAUACAAUCAAUGUUCUGCCACUUAAAUACCCAAAAUCAGGCUUAACCUCUUGAUUGCCAGAGAUGGCAACCUUGCAAGAAAUUAAAGAUAGUAAGCAAAGAAAAAUACAGCAACAUCAGAGGCUCAUCUCGCUCUCUUAAUAGGAAACUUGCAAAGUAUUUUGCACAAUCUAGAAUGGUUUAUAUUGAAUUUACACCGAAAUAUUGAUUUGUGUUAAAUUACCAACUCCUAUAUUAAAUACCAUGUUAACCUACAUAAUAUUCUUAUAUACACUUGUUUUGAAUGUAAUAUAAUUAUAUGAGCCCAAAUGCACAUAAUGCAAUACUGUUUUCCUAUACCUUGCAUUUGACUGCUGACAACUACUGAAAGAACAGUUUGUCAAAGAUUGGUAAUUGGUUUAUUGUAUAAAUAAUAGACAUGUCAAGCCAUGUCUUUUUACAGCUAUAUAUUUUCCAGUCUCAUUAUCUCACAAAAGCAGUACUUUGCAUGCUUAAUUGAUAUGUUAACUUUUAAAUGGCACUAGAACUGUUCUGCAGCUGGGAUAAUAUAGACAUAGAAUGCAAUUUGUAGAUUUGACAAACUACAGUACAUAACUGUAAUUAUCCUUUGUAUGUUUUCUAUAAGUAACAGAAAGAAAAUGUUUAGAACAAAAACGGCUGCUUCUGUGAGUGAUAAUCUAGAUGCUUACUAGAAAAUGCUUCAAUACAGUUUAUUGAUGCAAAAUGUGUGUUGAUUGGUAGUGCUUGCUGCAUGAUUGUGUGCAUGUAUGUGUAUCUGCAUCUUUAGAUUUAUAUGUUAAGUAAACUCCAAUAACGGAUCUUACAGGUCCUAGAUAUUGCAUUUAAAAUACACAGGAACAUGAAAAAUAUGUAAAAAUUUAUAUUUUUUUAGAACAGCGUUGUUUAAACCCAAAUAAAUAUGUCCCAAGGGAAUAUUUUGUACUAAGAAAUAAAUGAGGUUUCCUCAGCUAUGAUCAUGAUGAAGGCAACAAUUAAUUCAAUUAAAAUGUAUAAAUGAAAACCAUUAAUGUGAACAGCCACACUGUUGAAUCCAAAGAUGAAUUAGCAAAAGAAAGAAUGCAGUAUUUUGCCGACUGAUCACUGUUUAGCCUUUUAAUAGAGUAUGGAGUGAAGCCUGGUCAAUUUACAGAGUUGAAAAGUUAUAAAGUUAACAUUUAGAAGAGAACUCGUUUCAUCUUCUUGAAAAAAAGGUUCUACUUGUCCCUUCUGUAUUUUAUAUUUUUAGUCAAUAUACUCCCAAUGUUCCCCAAUAUAACAAUAUAGAGACAAUGUCUAUGUUCCUUUGGUACUCAACUCUCAAUUAAAUAAAGCAUAAGAGAGAAUAUAAAUUCUACAGAUGACUGUUGCUCUCUGUGUAUUAACUUUUCUUGCAUUGAUAAAGCAAAUCAGACUUCAGUGUUCAAAAAUCUCAACAUCUAAAGUGCCAGUUAUAUAAACCAUUCAAACAAGAGUUAUGAUGUGGCAUAUGACUUCAAAAUCUUUAAUAAGUGAAAAUCAAAGAAGAAUUGGGAAGUGAGAUUAUAGAAUCAACUACGUGUUCUACUAAAUUACAGAAGGGAUAUGAUUUUGUUGUUGACUAUAAGAAUAAAACAACAUAUUGGACAUAUAUUGGAAAUUAUUAGAUACAUAAUACAAGAUUUUAUAUAUAUAUAUCUUGUUAUAUUUUUUACAUUUCAUAUUUAUCAGUAAGCUGUUUAAGAAAGCGAUUCAUGUAAAGCUGAUCAUUGAUUAGUAUGUAGUGCCUAACGACAGCAUCGUUUUCCCAACAGAAUUGAUACAUUUUUUUGACUAGAAGAUUGAAUUCUUACCAUUUUUAAUGGCAAUGUAUUCAGUUUAACCGCUUAAGGACACAUGACAUGUGUGACAUGUCAUGAUUCCCUUUCAUUCCUGAAGUUUGGUCCUUAAGUGGUUAAAUGCAUUGAAAGCUUAGUUUUACAGAGGAUUGCCUUUUUCGGAUUGUAUAGGCUCUUUUACAAGGUCGCUUGAGGUAUUUACAGAGUAUAAUAAAAGAAAAAUGAUCUUAAUGACAAGCCAUCAAUAUUUUCACACCAUUUUAAACACAUUUUAAAUCAGCUCUGGUUCACGUAACUGCUAAUUGACUCUCUAAUAAACAUCCAUGGUGUGAUCUCCUUCUAUCUAACCAGAUAACAGUUACACAUAAAAAUAAUAUAAUACAUACAAAAUAUUCUAUAUUACAUAUAAAAUUCUCUUUUGGGGGUUUUUAGGUUUUCAUGGCUUUUUGACUAAUGAUUAAUUUUUCUUAAAGAGUAACUGUUGCCUCAGAGUAUAAUGCAUAUUCCCAUUGCUAAUUAAGAUUUGGCAACUAGUUUUUUGUUUUUUUUAAUUGAUGAAGUCCCGUUUAUCUAUACAUUCAAUGUGUUUAUGCACAUGCAUAGUACCUUUGAAAGAUGGUCUAUAUGCUUAGAGCAUCAUAGGAAGAUGGUGGUACAAUCAUUUGGAUUUGCAGCAAAGGUAUGUGGAUGUCUACUUACCUCCACUGCACACCACACUAAAGUAAACAAUUCACACUUCAGGUGAAUUGAUUGACUUUCACCGAUCAAAUGAUAAAUAUUACCUGUUACAAAGAAAAUCUCAUUAAAAUCUAAUUUUAUCUUAUGUUGACUUUAACAGGACUUUUUUCUACUGCAAGUUAGAUGUAGAGGUCCUAUGUUAACAUGUAGUGCUUUAAGCAAUAUUCUAGGAUCUAAUAAGUCAGAUUUCACUCAAGUCAAUAUAAACCUCUCUAGCCUCUACGUUAUUGUCUGAAUACAAAUAAUCCUUUCAGUUCAAAACUGUUGAGCUCAAUGAAGCAAAAUGUAAUAUGUAAGAGGGAGAGUUUUCUCAAAUCAAGAUAUACCUUUAUGUUUCCUAUGUUAUUGCAUGAAGACUAGUAAUCCUUUCAGUGCUAAAGGGAUGAGUGCAGUACACCUAGAUCUUAUAAGUAAGACACCUGUCUCCCACGCCAAGGUAAACCUAUAUUAUUAUCAUCUAUAUUAUUGAAUUGAAAACAAUUAUUAUUUUGGAACUUUAGGGGUGAGCACAGAUCACUAAAGUUCAAUGAUUAAUGUAGUUCUAUCUCAAGUGAAGAUAAACCUGUCUCAUCUCUGUGUUAGUAUAUUAAGAGUAUUAAUAAUUCUAUUGGCUGAGCUUACAUCUCUGAAACAGAAAAGGUUACAUUUGGUCACUUUAUAGAGCCUGCUGCUAGAGUAAAGGAUUUGCCAUAAAUCUCACCUCUCUACCUAUAUUGGUGCACAAUUUAAUAGAUAUGACAACUUUUGUAAUAUAAUCUGCAGAAAGAAUUUUAUUGUUGGAUCAUAGCAUUCAUUCAUGGCUUGUUAUAUCCAGUAAAUUCCAACUGUCUUGUGAAUUUCACAAGCAAGAUUUACAACUUACAAAACAAUGUCUUUUUGUUCCCGGCAUGGUUGUACCAAGAUGAUAUUUAUCAUUGUAGAGGUUCGCAAUAUUUAAGUCUGUAAGAAUCAUAGUGCAUCGGAAUAUUUUUUCUAAGCCAUCCCCUAUACAUCCCCGGGUGAUUCAUUUUAGUUUCUGAUGCAACAAGUUUAGCUUGCGCUUAUUGUAUUCAUAAUACAACAUAACAGUGUUAACUAAAACAGAUGUUGUAUAUAAACAUAUUAACAUAAAUAAUUUAUUGUAAAUUUUCUACCCUUAACAAUAUGAUUGAUUUAGUGUAUUUUACGUGAUUUAGUAUAGAUCUUCAGAAUGCAUUUUAGUGUAGACAUCAUUCAUUUGAAAAACGCUGCAGUAUUUUCCACGGUGUGAUAUAUUUCUUGGAGUUUGUUAUAUGCAGUGUAAUUCAGAAUAUCUUAAACAUCCUCGAACUAUGGUAUUUCCAUGCAGUAAAUGUUUUACAAUAUGGUAUGUCAAGAUUUCUUUUAAGGCAACGAUGAUUUCUAACCAAAAUUCUGUCCAAUAAAACAUUAUAUGCAAUGAUAAAAUACUCUGUUAUUUUCAGUCUGCUUCAUUUGACAAAUACUAAUAAAAAUAACAGUAGACAGUGGAUACCAUUUUAAAACUGAAAAGAAGAUAAUGCCAAAAAUAUUUUAAAAAUGUAAUGUAACAUCUUUAACAGGUAUGGGAAGAGGUCAAACCCAGAGGCAAUGCUGUCAGACGUUUGGUGGAGAGAAAGCACAGAAAACAUCCCUAGAUCUCGGUAAGCAUGAGUUCAUCUUUACAUAUUAUUACGGAUGUACAACUUUAUAGUAUAAUAUUAUGUGAAUUACUUUCUUAUUAUAUGAAAUUUGUUUGACCAAUCAUGUUCAAGAUUGUGAACAUAUAAUAGUGGCCUUCAAGAACUAAUUGAAGGAGUACAUUUGCCUGGUAACUUUUCUCCAUACUCUAGAGGAAUUAGGGAUUUGUUUUAACAAAUUAGAGAAACACAUCACAUAUUAUAAAUCAAAUUUUCAUCUCGCCAUUAGCUGACUACCAGGGCAAAAAGUGUGUUGAUCACAUUAUUAAUGCAACAUGUAAUCUCAAAGUUGAAAUUAAUUGCAGGGAUGUGUGAGUCCUCCUAGUUCAGUGUCUACCUUGAAAUACUUAAAGGAAAACUGUAAUAAUGUUUUGUUAUUACGGAAAAUAAAAUGUUGCGUGUAAUAUAGCCUAAACUAUAUUUUCCUGCAAUGUUAAGACCAGUGAGUGUGCUCAUACUUGGCAGAUAUUGGUUGGCCGGUGCACAGUACCAUGGCUGAAACGUCUGGAAACAUUGUGGUACCCCUGGGAAUUGUAUAAUAUUGUAAUAUUACCUCUGUUUAAAUUAUUUGGUAAUUAAUAUUAUUUAUAUAAUUUUUUUAAAACUAUUUUUGGUGUUUCUCUUGGAUUACCAUCGCUCCAUGGGCAUAGUCGUCUUUAGCCGUAUUUGGUCAGAAACGUCACUACUUGAAGAUAAGAAAACAGUCCAAGGUUGCAUUUCUAAGAUAUCUUGUAUGUGCUCAUGAUUCAAAGAUUCAUGAAUCUACACUAAUUCUUGAUCACUUGAGUGUGGUUUUGAGAUAAACUGUGCUCCUGACAAAAACAACAACUUAAAGAUGGCUGCCCCAUAGAAAAAGUGGAAAAUCAUUAGAGGGCAUGAAAGAAGACAUAUACAUGUAUGUAUACAUCACAAAAUACUACACACAAAUGAUCUAAUACAAUUAAUGUUUUAUUUUAAACAAUAAUAAAAAAAAUUGUGACAACUGCCUUUUGCCAGGGCAAAUUCUGAAAAUAAUAUGUAUAUAUUCAUUCUUCCCUAACCCUAAGGAAAAUAUAGGAAUAGCUAAUAGUUUUAAGUGGGGCCACCUUUCCACAUCAUGGGGCUAAUGAAAAUUACACAGGUACCAGCAGUCUACUUGACAAUCUUCAUAAUGUAAUGAGGUUAGGAAUUAAUUUAUAGAAUGUUCAGUCCAUGGCUACUAUUUGUUCUGUACCAUUUUCAUUGAAGUGUAUGAUCAGGGCUUCAAGUUAAACAUUGGGUAGGUAGUCCCAGCAGGAAUCAUUAUGUAAGCAGGAAUCAUUAUGUAGCACAUGAAGUUCUGCUGAAUAUUGAUUUGUUAGAUAGGAUGAAGUCCGUAGACCAAAAUAAGAUGCUCCUGAUUGACAGAUCCUUCUUCAGACUACUUCUUCUGUUGACAUGUGCAUGUCCGAGUGCAGAAGCUGUUAUUUUUUUUCUCUUUAAAUGUAUUUACUACUUUUGCAUAUUUUUACGCAUUAUCCAGCCCUGGGCUGCUGUUCUGAUUUAUCUGUGUUUUUUGAUUCCUCUAUACUCCUUGACUUUAAACAUUUUUAAAAAGUAUUAAUUUAUCGAGCAAGCCACAGUCAAGAUAGAAGGCCUGGAAGAGAGCCUACGAGUGAUAAGAUUUCUGUCUUUAGGAAUGGUCAGUGUUUGGCUUUUUAUCAAAGUGGAACAUAUUGGAAUUGAAAGUGCUUGCAAGGAGUCAUCGUAUGCUUACACAAUUACAGAUGCUUCUAUUUCUUCAGAUUUCUUCAGAUGUAUUUUCAUUAAGCUGCAAACAGAGAUAACCAACUUGUAUCACACAGGCAGAGGAAGUCAAUUCAGAGGCAAAUAUAUUUAUUUAAAGUGCAGUCAGCAUGUGGCAUUGACUCACUUCUCAAGUACAAAAUUCUAUCAAUGCGCCUGUAGAAAGAUAUUUAAUAACCUUUUUUUGCAACUAAGCAAAUACAAACCAGAAGCAUUGUCUUCAAAACAGGAUUAGCUGGUGAACUGCAAAAACAAUUGAGAUGUUUUUGUCAGCAAUAAACAACAAGACUAGUUCAGUCAUUCUUAAUCUUUCGGAUCUUGUCUUACUACAGGCUUCAUAUUCGUUUUCCAUAAAAUGAGGCACUUUGGCAAAACCAAGUUUUUUUAUGAAAGACACAAAAGAACUGAUGGACUAACAACCCCAGAUGUGUCUUCUUUUCCAGUCAAAAUGUGUGGCACUGGCAUAGUAAUAGUUUUAAACAAGGGGCAGUUGCAUCACCACUCCCUUUUCUUGAUGGUCUAGCAAAAAAGCAGGAGAACUCUGUCUUCAUCAACAUAGCUCUCUUCUACUUGACAUAAUAUAAUGGCUUUAAUUUCAAUGGACCAAGGAAAAGAGAUAUAUACUGCCCAGACAGUCUUUGUGCUUGCAUGCUUGGCCCUCAGGUAAUCAUCAUCCCGUGGGCAGUAGACAAAUAUGACAUAUGUGGUGGACACAAAGUCAUUGUGCAUAUAGGGUUCCAACCAUGUACUAAUAUUAAGGUACAUAUAAUGUUCUACCCUGAGAGUCACAUAUUGCAAGACAUCUGUAUAAUCCCUUUAACAUACUCUGAUGCUUUUUUUCAUCUGUCCAUCAAACAAGACGAUACUACAUUCAACUAGGUGACAAAUGAUUUAAAGCUAUUAAAUUCUUAAUAAGUCUAAUACUAUCAAAGUAUUUAACAAGGAAAUAUAAUUGUUGUCAUAAGUACAGCCUAGUAGUUAGAUGGGUUUUAUUUUAUACCAAACCUUGGAAGUAUGAAAAGCUUCCAAGUUGAACAUGCCAUGAGUAAGAAACAAAUUUGUGACUUCUGAAGCCGUACUCACUCACAUCAACCAAUCAUUUUCUAUUAUGCAUUACGUUGGUAAAAUGCCUGAAAACCAUUGUAUGGGACAUGACUUCAAUUAGUAAAAGAUCCCAAAAUAGACUUUCUCUAUUUAAUGAACCAUGCUGACAUAUUUACAUACCGGUAAUUAGGAAUUUACACAAUAAUUAAAUAAAACUUAUUUUAUAUAAUGUGGGAGUAUGCUUAACAAAAUGUUAAGCAUACCAUGUUAACAAUAAUGUUCUCAUAAAUUACAAUACUUGAGAAUCUUAGUUGAAAAACAUUAAAGGUGCUUUUUCAUCUUUGCAAGGUGAAUACAAUGUAUAUUUUUCAGUAUCUAAUAUUAGGAAUGCCAGCCCUUUUCCAAAGAACAAAAAAACGCAAAAAGUGAAAUGUUAAUCAUAUCAAAUUUUGUGCCAUUUCUAUUUUCUCUGAGUGAGAUCAGUUCUUGUCUAUAACUGGAUAAGGGAGCAGUAAAUGUGGAAAGGUUUCGUUGCCUACGGAAAUUACUUCUCAAAGUUUUUUUGUUGGUUUAUAUAGUUAACAAUUAUUUAGAAGUCUAUAAAAUAAUUUACUCACUAAACCAGGAACUGUGAGAGAAGGCAGGAGGAAAUAGUUAACUCCACAGUAAAAUAAUUAUUUUUCUGCCUAAAUUUAUUUUUUAUUCAUAAUGCAAUGAUUCAGCAUGCUCCUUCUUCUCUAGCCCCUCCUCUAGUAUCCUCCUAUACUUGACAAUUUUGACAAAGGGUGGAGCAUAAGUCACAAUCAACUUCCUUUGACAAAGACAACAAAGGAAGUGGAACUUGCUUUAAGCUCCACUCCUUGUCAAGAUCGUAAGGCGUAAGAAAAUUCCAUAAACAUAGAAACAUAGAAACAUAGAAUGUGACGGCAGAUAAGAACCAUUCAGCCCAUCUAGUCUGCCCAAUUUUCUAAAUACUUUCAUUAGUCCCUGGCCUUAUCUUAUAGUUAGGAUAGCCUUUUGGGCAGACUAGAUGGGCCGAAUGGUUCUUAUCUGCCGUCACAUUCUAUGUUUCUAAGUUUCUUAUGCCUAUACCACGCAUGCUUAAACUCCUUUACUGUGUUAACCUCUACCACCUCAGCUGGAAGGCUAUUCCAUGCAUCCACUACCCUCUCAGUAAAGUAAUACUUCCUGAUAUUAUUUUUAAACCUUUACCCCUCUAAUUUAAGACUAUGUCCUCUUGUUGCGGUAGUUGGCGAAUGCAGAUAGGCGAAUGUAUAGGUGCUGGAAUUUUUUUUUAUUAACAGGCAUAAUAAAAUGUAUUUGUGUUUAGAGUAUCAUAAUCUUUUGAUUAGGAAAGUCAUAGAAAUUGCUUCAUUUUAUCCUUCUGUUCAUGAAUCCAAAUUUUAAUUAGUUUAGGAACAUGUAUUAAACUGGAAAGUGUAAAUGUCAUGAGUUCAAAAGGGUUUGCACCAAUGGUGGCCCUAGUCCUAUGAAUAGCCUAAUAUUCCAAGCAUAGAAAUCAGUGGAACUAUUGAUUCUUAUAAGAUGGUUCCAAAUGCUAUUUGGACCCCAAACUAUACCUUAAAAGGACACUUUUGGCAUCAUAACAACUUCAUUGCAAUUACAUUGUUUUGGUGCGAGGAGGUUGUGGGCGACCUAUUACCUUAAGAGGUUAAAUAAUUCAUUAAGGGUUUAACCCCUCUGUAAGAUGGUUCCUGGUUGCUCUGCUCCUCUACUUCUUUUCUUGGUCUAAGGCUUUAAUCAAGUCUCAGCCUAUCACUAGAUCCUCAUUUAUAAAACAGAAGAUACUUAUUUUCCUGAUUGCUGAUUGAUGCCUCUAACCAAAAAAGGAAGUAGAGAGGCAGAGGGAUUAGGUGUGGUUUUCCAGAGUUUGGGGUUAAACUGUUUGUUAGUGGUUUAACCCCUUAAGAUAAACCACACCUGGUGCCUCCUUGCACCAUAAUAACUUAAUUGCAAUUAAGUUGUUGAGGUGCCCAGAGUAGUCCUUUAAGUACAAAAAGAUUCCCCUAACAGAUGACAAGAGUGUAUAAAGUAUAGUUUGGUUUCCUCCAAAUCCAUACCUGUCCGAAUAAAGAAACCUGUGUUAAAGAUGAAUCAUUAGAGCAUGCCACUUUUUCAAUUUCUAUGGGGUCCAAGUUAUGUACUCCUUACACUAGUUGGCUUUUGUGUGCAGAUGACAAGAGUGUGUAAAGUAUAGUUUGGUUUCCUCCAAAUCCAUACCUGUCCGAAUGAAGAAACCUGUGUUAAAGAUAAAUCAUCAGAGCAUGCCACUUUUUCAAUUUCUUCGGGGUCCAAGUUAUGUACUCCUUACACUAGAUGGGUUUUGUGUGCUGGCCUGGGAUUCAAUCUGUUUUUGAAAAAUGGCUGUUAUACCUUUAAGCUUUUUACCAUUGUAUAAUCAGUCAAUCAGUUUUGCGUUAAUUUUUGAGUCUGCAGUUAGGUGGCAUUUAGCAAACUUUCUGCCUAUGAAAUGUCCAUCUAUCCCUCUCGAUAAGCUUUGACUUGUGAUCAAAGGUACUCUCUAACAAUACAUUUUGCUUGUGUCUGUUGCACGCGACAUUAUAUGUGAGAUUCAUUUCUUUGACACAUUAAAUAGUGUUGUACUUUUUAUGAUGCACUUGCAACUUAAGAUGUGGUUAUGUGCCCACUUUGGAACAAUAUUUUUGAAUCAUUUUGUUUAAAAUCCAUAUAGAAAUGUUAGAAGGCUUAACUUGUUUAUAGCUGAUGCAUACCAUUAAUAUGAUUCACUUUUGCAGUUCUAUUUAUAAUAGUUUACUACACACAAUAACUCCUUUGUUAUACAGUGUUAUUUUUUUCUAUUUAUUAUAUGGUCCAUCCAAUGUAUGUGCCUGCAUAUUUUGAAGGCAAUUCUUGAAAGUAUUACCUUACUUGUUCAGUCAUUCAAUGGACCAGUCCAUUUAGUAGAUUUCUUGGUCUGUCUAACCUGUAUUUCUAACCAUCCAUGUGGCUGUUUUUUGGCCCACACAGACUGUUUUACAGCUUGCUCAACAUUCUUAGUUUACUUCCCAGUGUGGAUGGGCUCAUUGUGUUCAAUGGUUACCCAUUUAGACAUUUUCAGGCAUAGUAGCACCAACCAACACUAGUCACAUUAUGCGCUGUCCCUGUUUAGUCUCAGUACUCACUCUAGGAGCUGCUUUAGAAAUCACUAACAAGUCACUUGCAAGUCAAGUCAAAUCAACUCGAAUGACUGCUAGUCUGUUGUCUAUAAUGUUCAUCCCACCACAUCCAAUCAUGCUAUGGUCUGUUAUCUUGGUAUAUACCAGAGGCUUCCUGACCAAAUCCUCCAGUUUUCCAAGCCUGUGAAGCUGUUCCCUUUAUAUGUAAAGAUUCAAGGGCUCCAGUGUAAAGGUGAACACAUAACACAUAUUAUAUGCAAAGGUCCAAGGGUUCCAGUGUAAAUGUGAACACAUAACACAUAAUAUAUGCACAGGUCCAAGGGUUCCAGUGUAAAGUUGAACACAUAACACAUAUUAUAUGCAAAGGUCCAAGGGUUCCAGUGUAAAGGUGAACACAUAACACAUAUUAUAUGCAAAGGUCCAAGGGUUCCAGUGUAAAGGUGAACACAUAACACAUAUUAUAUGCAAAGGUCCAAGGGUUCCAGUGUAAAGGUGAACACAUAAUACAUAUUAUAUGCAAAUGUCCAAGGGUUCCAGUGUAAAGGUGAACACAUAGCUUCACGCCUAUAUCAUUGCCUAUAUAAUGGAUGUAUUGCCUACAUAAAAGAACACAUGGCUCUAGCUGACUGAGCUUCAUAGUCUGUGCGCUAUUAAAAGACCCAAAGUGUAGUUGUAGUAAAAUACAAAAGCUUUCAUUUUUUUAUAUAAGAUAUAAAUUACCACUAAGUAAAAUUCCUCUUACACAAAUGGAGACAACGCAUGGGUAAAAAACAGAAGAGGUAAAGAGCAAUAACCAGCACUUAGGAGACCAAUUAACUAUAGGUAGGGUUCUACAAAGACACAAACUGAUUUAAGAAAAACACCUAAUUGGUAUGCAUUCACUUGACAAUGCACGAAGAUAGGACGUAUACAUAAAACUACAUCAAGGCAAACCAAAUGCAAGCAUAUAUUGUCAAAUUGAAAUGUAGUAACCAAUUUACAGAAAUAUUACAAUUUAUAAUGAAUAUUAGUAACUGACAAGGUCAGUAGGCAGUUAAAGAAAUUCAGUUUGUUAAAAUAUGCAUCCUUCAUGUUACAUUAGAAAAAUAUUUCUAAACCAUUUUAGAAACAAAUUUAAAUCAAGCCUAGCUUAUAGCCUUAUUUCUAACUGCUUUAUGAAAGAGCCGAUCCUCCGUCUUUUCAAUUUUGUUUGGUUGUUCAUCAUUACUACAUCUAACACAUUUUGACACUUGUGAAUCUGUGUGUAUAUCAGAGAGACAUUCAUUUUCUUGUCCAGGACUGAUAGACAAUGAUUUCAAUAUAUGUGGUUUAAAUAAGAUGUUGUUCUAAGUAUAACAUUGCAUUACCAGGUAAUUGCAAUAAUAUAUUGUGAGUAAAAUACAAUGAAAUAUAUUCAUAAAACACCAAUCAUAGGAGUAAUUGCAGAUCACUAAAAUGUGUACUUAUGUUCUCAAUGUGUACCAAUUAUUUGAAAAAAUCUAUGCUGGCAUUGUAUCAUAUGACUUGUAUUUGACUAAUAUAUAUGUCGCCAAGGAUAGACAUUGUUGAUACAUGUAGUCUGUCCAGUGCCUGACACAACCAUUGACAAUGUUCACAAUUUUCUGCAAGUAAAUCAUUUAAGCCAUUUUAUAUUUUUCUCUAUCAUGAAGAACUUGUGAUGAGAGGGCCCUGGUGCAAAAACAAAUGUGGGGCCCUUCUAUAGACAAGGUGUGGCCAAAAGCAGAUCCUCAACUGUCAUACAUCUCCUACGAAUCUUUGCCAUCCUUGCAGAGUUGUAUUUAUGCGCAGUGUUUGCAUGUGAAUGCAGGUGUAGUUUUACAUGGUAUAUGUGUGUAAAUCUAGCUUAUGUGUAAUGCUGAUAUUCAAUUGUAGGAAUGUAUUUGUGUUUUGCAUUGGUGUUUGAAUUUAGGGCUUUGUUUGUAAUGUAGAUAUUUGCAUACAGUGGUAUGUUUGUGCGUAGUGUUGGCAUUUGAAUACAGUGGUGAUUUUUUUUUCAGUGUUAGUAUUUAAAUGCAGGAGUUUGAGUGUUAUGUUGGUGUUUGAACACAGGACCAUUUGGGUUGGUGUGUUUGUGUAUAGUGUUGGCGUUUGAAUGCAAGGGUGUGUUUGUGUGUAGUGUUAGUGUUUGAGUGCAGGGGUGUAUAUACAAACCUGCAUGCAAUCACUAACAUCACACACACAUAUGUUGCCACCCACGUAUAAAGAUGCACAUUACCACGCACAGAAACUGACAAAUACUGCCACAGACAGAUGCAAAGAGACAGAUACACACAGAUGCACUCUAAAAUAUACACAUACACAAACUGAUAUAAAUGCACAGAUAUACUGACACACACGCAUAGAUUCACACACAGAUCCACAAACACUUACAUGCAUGCCCAGAUACAUACACUGAUGCACAAAGAGAUUCACUCACCCCCACUCCGAGUCAAGCUCCCCCAUCGGCAGUGAGUACUUUAAAUAUAUCCCCUAAACCCAAGUGUGUUUCACUGCAGCCUUGUUUCCUUUGGUGGAAUCUAUUGGGGGUGCCAGUACGACCAGAAAGGGCCCGAUAGUGCUUGUGAAGGGCCCUUUGACUUUUUGAGGCCUUGGUGCAGUCACACCGGCUACACUGCCACUAGUUCCAUGCCUGACAAGAUCCUUGUUGCAGUAGCACAGCACUGUAAAAUAUGUUCACAGUUAUAUUAAUAAUUGGAUUACCAAUGAUUUGAUGUAUAUACACUGAACAAAAUUAUAAAUGCAACACUUUUGUUUUUGCCCCCAUUUUUCAUGAGCUGAACUCAAACAUCUAAGACUUUUUCUAUAUACACAAAAGGCCUAUUUCUGUUAUGAACUUGGACUGUUGCAAAUGUGUGUAGUUUUCAACAUUCCAAAAUGACUGAUUGUCCAUGGUUCUCAGCUUCUUACAACGAUUAUGCUCUAAACCCCGAUGGAACUCAAAACAAUAUUCAUUACUGUGGCAUGAAAGAAACUGUCAGGUCAGUGCAAGAAUAUGCAUCACUUUAAGAUAUCAUCAGAGGAAAUGACAAGGAUCACAUAAGACUCAAAUUGAAAGGGAACUUUUUUUUAUAAAUAUAACAAAAUCCAAUUACACUGAACAAAAUUAUAAAUGCAUCACUUUUGUUUUUAAGAACCCUAUCAUUAUUGGGCCUUAAUGAAGGCUUCUCGUACACCCCAUUCAUCUCAGAUUAGAUGCCCUCUUUUGAGGACUGGCACUGUAUAUAUGGGCACCACGCACCAAUUUAUUAUUGCUUUGGUUAAUAGCCAUGUAUCCACUUAGCUUCUCUAGAUCCUCGGAAUUUGUUUUUCCUCUGUAUUGUUUAUCUGGAACUUUGUAUGAUUAUAUACAAUCUGUUUUUUACCCACUGAUUUAUUAACAUUUAUCUACUCUAUUAUAAAUUUCACCUUAGGCCUCUUGACCAUGUAUAAUGUCUUUGAUGGCACUGCUUCUUUAUGCUUCUUAGGAUCCUAAUUCUAUAUAUAUAGGGACUGUCCUGCUCAGCUAUAUGAUAGAUGUUGUACUUGCAUCUACCCAGCCUUUUAUAUGUAGCCAUAAUGGGGCACUUUGAAACUUACUUAGAAAUAUGGCUGUACUUUGGCUCAGUAUAAUUUGAUUUACAAUUUUGUGGCCAUUGAACCCUAUACCAUAUACUUCUGGCCCGUACUUUUGUAUCCUAUACUGGGUCAUUGAGAAUUACUGCUCACAGCAUGGUGGGCUGGCCCCCUUAUUAGGGCAAUUUAAGUCUAGGUUUACUAUGGUGACCAUUAACUAUCAUCUCCUUAGCUGGCAUUUUUAUCUAUCUACUUAUUUUGUUUUUGCCCUUUGUUCAUAGGGGGUCGAUAUUUACAUUUACCAUAUACCAUGUAAGGUUUAUUAAGUGCACCUUUGGCUUCAUGUAUUGGUAGGUUAGAUAACUUGCUGCAUAGCCGGAAUGGUUCAAUGAUGUUUAGCAGAUGUGGAAACUGUUAACUGUUUAUUUAUAUUGACAUUAUCCUAGGUCUGCUUGAGGAAUAGUUUGAAGUUAAAGUUGACAGGGGCUGCAUAUAUCAUUGUUAGAGACUUUCAAACAUGUAAUGAUUUGCACUGCAUGACUGGGUAGGAUGGGGACGCUGCACCUAAACCACUUCAGUGAGAUGAACUGUUUAUAGUGUCCAUUUAAAGAUUAACCUGACCAAAGACAUUCAUUGAAACCUUCAUGCACCUUCUGUAACUCUUAAUAACAAGCUAUACGAGGAUGAAUACGUUAAAAACAUAAAAAACAAUAAAUACGAAAGGUGCAUAUAUUCUGCACCGAAACGCGUGUCAGGCUCUUUCCUAUGGGUCAACUUUAACUUGCACACACAUGGGCACUUCACUGCACUGUGUGGCACACGUUUUUGUUAUGAUUUAAGCUUUUCCUUUCAAUUUUUUUCUUCUAUGCCUAUUUAGUAAGUUUAACAGAGAGAGAGGCUUUCUCUACUUUACUUUAUCUGUCCUAGUUGUGAUUAUUAGUGAUGCUGGUCCUCUAGACAGUAACCUUUCUCCCUUUUGCAUUUUUUACCGCUGCUCAGGAAUUAAGGGGAGAUCUACUAACACCCAAUGCAUUAAAAGGCCAGGACUCAUUAAGCCUAUAUGUAUAUUGCAGAGUUGGGUGUUUAACAUUUCAUCUCCUCACUUACUUAGGCAUGGGAGUUUGUUAUGAUUUAUAUGCCUAUCUAGUACGUCCCACAAGGAGAGAAAUGUAUUUACAUUGCUUACUCUUACUUCUAUCAUUACAUUUUACACUCUUUUUCUUAACGGAUAGGUUAGGCAAUGUCUCUGCUUCAUCUCAUUGAACUUGUUAUAAUGUGUGCAGUCUCCUGGUGCCAUCAUUUAAUUCAGCAUUAAAUAGUCUUUAACAUUUUUAUGUUAUAAUGCUAUACAAGAGUCCCCAGCAGCCCAUCCCAUCAGUGCUGCUCAGGCUAAUGAGGAAGUAUUUUGCCUGAGCAGCAAUUGACAGCUGUGAUUGGCUGAGAGUGUCAGCUGAUUGCUUUUAGCCUAUCAGUGCUCCAACUGCGGAUAUGACUACAAGGGAGGAAGUGUGUAAUGUCUGCCAUAGCCAAACCUUCAAUAGAGGCCAAAUAGGUUGACUGACCUUUAUUUAGUGUUAAACUGCUCUAAAAUGGUUUAACGCUUAACGGAGGCACAGUGCCAGGGGACGCCAGGCAUUUAAACCAAUUCAAAGAAAUGAAAUUCAUGGAUUGCAGGAUAAAACUUACCAGGAAAGGUUAAAGGAUCUUAACAUGUAUAGCUUGGAGGAAAGAUGAGACAGGGGGGAUAUAAUAGAAAUAUUUAAAUACAUAAAGGGAAUCAACACAGUACAGGAAGAGACUAUAUUUAAAAGAAGAAAAACUACCACAACAAGAGGACAUAGUCUUAAUUUAGAGGGGCAAAGGUUUAAAAAUAAUAUCAGGAAGUAUUACUUUACUGAGAGGGUAGUGGAUGCAUGGAAUAACCUUCCAGCUGAAGUGGUAGAGGUUAACACAGUAAAGGAUUUUAAGCAUGCGUGGGAUAGGCAUAAGGCUAUCCUAACUAUAAGAUAAGGCUAGGGACUAAAGAAAGUAUUUAGAAAAUUGGGCAGACUAGAUGGGCCGAAUGGUUCUUAUCUGCUGUCACAUUCUAUGUUUCUAUGUUUCUAAAUGGUUACAGUGACUACAUAGUUCCUUUAAUGUCUAGGAUUUAGGGCAAACUCUUCAUCCAUCUUACAAUACCUUGACACUAUUUAAGGAGUGACUUAUAAAUUGCAGAGAAUUGAACAAUGAGACUUCAGGGGCAUGAUCUAUACACCAAAACCACUAAAGUUGCAUUUGUUUUAUUGUAUAUUUUAUGUGUUAACUCGGAAACACAAGGACAUUUUUCAUGAUAUAAAAGUUCCACUCUAACAGGUGGACAUUAAAUUUACUGAAUGAUUGUGACCUCCUGUUGUCACACGGCUUAACACCCACUUGGCAUCCUUAAAGGGUAGAACAGUAUAUUUUAAUUGAAACAUAAUUUUACAAUAUAGACAUCCCUCCACUGUAUGCCUUCUUGUGUCAUUUUGAAUAUGCUGCUAUUCACUUGUCAUGAAUGAGCUCCAUUCAUCUCACUUCACAUACGUAUGUAGAUAUGAAAUUGGUAAUAAUGAUAAUAAAGGACGCAGUUCAAUCCAAAAUGGCUAUCCCCACAAGGAACACAUUUCCAUUGUGACAGGUUUGCUGUAAUACGAAUAAAACUGAAAUCUAUUAAGCUAUUAAUCUUUUUUCUAUUUGUCAGAAUAGUUGUUAUUUUUAACAACCUCAUCAAUUAUAGUUUGCUAAGAAGCAGACAGACUAAAUAUGCUGGAUACCCACUGGUCAAUAACUGUCAAAUUUAACAUUAAUUUCUAUUCAUUUAUACUGCAUUAACAAUUUCUAAUAUUAAAUAUAAGUUGUGCAGUUGCAAUAAUGAUAGAAAAUAACUCCUAUUAAAACGUAAUUUAAAAAAAUAAAUAAAUCUUACAUUUAAGCCUUCAUGGAUUCUAAAAGUUAAUGCAAACUUUACGAGAGUCUUUAGUUCUUAGGACAUAUAUUUUUUGAGCAUGUAAGUGCUUAAAAGCACAAUUAUAAUAAGUGCAGUAUUCAGGAGAUUCUAAGUAUUGUGUUGACGUAUAUACAAUUUUAAAGACAGUGUUACUUUGUAAUUAUGCUUUCUAUAAGGAGAAGUGUGUGUGUGUGUGUGUGUGUGUGUGUGUGUGUGUGUGUGUGUGUGUGUGGUGUUUUCUCAAAUUUAUUUAUACUUAAGUAAAAGUAAACUUUUUCUUGUCCUGAUGAAAGUUAUGCACAAGAAGGAGCGGUCAGAGUCACAGAGAACUCCUAGGCAGUGAACCUUAGAGGUAGAGCGGAUGGUAGCUCCAUUGACUUGGAGGGACACAGACAAGGGAGUAGCAACAAGGGAGGGAAGACCAGAAGUUCUGUUUUGAACAGGUUCAGUAUGAUGCGUAAGAUUUUGAUAUGCAACAGUAAGGCUAAUUUUCUGUUGUUUACUGAAUCUCCAUAGACCUGAUAUUUCAUGUGCUUAAAGAGGGAAUGGCCAUAGACCUACUGGAUAACUAUUUCUCCUAUAGGUGAGAAACAGAUUUGGAGCAGAAGAGGAGGGUUGGGUUUAACUGGCUUUGUAUAGUUUUGCAUUACAAAAAUGUUCAUCCUUUUAUACUUUGGUACAGAAGGACAUAGAAGAUUUUAGACCUGUGGGUAUAGCUGGCACAUAAGGGAUCCCAUUGGGUACUGUAGAGGUGGGAUCAUCUUACUUCUGGUGAGUUCUGCAUCAGGAGGUGUAAUGGAUUGUUUGCCCAUACUGUACAUGUCCCCAACAUGUAGGCUGGCUCUCUACUGUACCACUCAUGGCAACCAGGGUAAACAUUGGAGGCACAGUCCAACUUCUGGUUCAGGUUUGUUUAUUAGUUGUGACUAUGUACAGGACCAUAAACAGGGACAGCACAUUUCAUUAGUGUAUGCACCCAGAGAGUUAUGUUUGUUAUAAAAGACCAGCACUAACUAUGUUCCAUGUUAUAACAUACAUCACAGUUCAUGUUCACCAUAAUUAUUGGUCCUCCUCCAGCCUUUCUGAAUAGCUCCUAUUACAGUCUGACUUUCUAACUCCUGGCCAUCAGGAAACACAGGAGGAGUCUGUCACAUGCAUGUGUAUCACUAAUUGUUUUUGUAAGGCUUGCUGUCUGCCUUUUUAUUUGUUACUUUUCCUAUUUUUCAGUUUGUAUGUAUGCUCGUCUCUCUUAAUCUGCUACUGUCUAUCUGCUUGUGUGUCUCCAUUUAUCUCUCCCAAACUGUCUCUUUUUCCUCUAUCUACUCACUGAUAUACAGCAAUUAAGUAGGCAAAUAUGGCUGGGGCUGUGACUUGUGAAAAAUGGCAUUGUGGAGAACGGUGGCUGUUCUGUUGCUGUGGGAAGGCAAUGUUAUAUAUACUAUAACUAUAGAACUAUAUCUUGACUGUUGGGAGGUAGAGAAUGCAACUGGGGACUCAGCGGUAUCAAGUAUCGAUAAUGAAUGGAGAGAAAGUAAAUAUGGGAGAUAGAAGAAAAAGAAAAACAUGAAAUAUGACUAUGAAACACAUAUGAAAGUUUCCUUUGCACACUCUUUUUUGACGGGUGUGCAAAGAAAUUUGUUGUGGCACAGCAUAAGGAGGUAGGGAUUUGGCUUACCUUUUGGUGCGUUCUGCCUUUUUUUUUUUACUUAGAAUACAAAGUAAAAUAUGAUUUUACCACAAUGUGCUUAAGGUGUGACGGAACUCCUGUACUUCAACUUAGUACCUCUGCCUUGUCAGCUUCCUCGCUGCCACCAUGGGACUCUGGAGCAUUUCAGACCCAGACGAGGAGGCUUGACUGGGGUUUCUGAGGACCUCUUUCAUCAGACCAGACCAGGCCUCAGUCAUUAUUGCUCAGGACACCUUCUCCCCUGUAGAGCAGUGACUAUUGCUUCCCUCCACACAUUAGUCGAGACUGAAUGUAGGGGGUAGCUUACCAUUUAUUGUCUGGGGACUGAGCCAUACCUGCCUAUAGAUUGACCGAACCUCAGCACAGUCCCACAGUCCUUGUGUAUGUAGACAAGGGUAUCUCCUGGUCUGGCGUUCGAUGUGUAAAACGAGUCCGGCCAGGCUAGGUUCCUUAAGUCUGUCUGGGAAGUGAGGCCACAAUACCCAUACCCACAGUGACAAAACCCCUUUUUAGUCCAUGAGUCCAUGAGGAGGCUGGCCUUCAAGCCUUUCCAAAAGUGGCACAUGAGCUUCCGUCACAAAAUGAUUCUGCUGAAUCUUAUUGACAUGAAUGCUGUGUCUACCAUACUGCAUAGUGCUUCAAUACAAAUCUUAACCAAGUUGUUUCUCAUAGCUCCCUCCCACUCAACCCUGCAAUGAAAUAUAUAUUUUUAAUUAAAGAGAAGAGUUAAAAAGAAGUACCCUCCCAUAAUAUAUAGUAUAGGGGUCUACAUGGCUCACAUAGUACAGAUACUGAAUUUAACGUCCUUUGAGUCAUAUUACUAUAUUAACUGUAUGCAUACAUAGCAUGAUUACAUUUUGCAGAUUUACUUUUAGUUUUAAUCUCUAUAACAGCAGCAUAUGGCCACAGUAUCAGGCGAUAAAUGUAGAAAUAAAUAAACUAGUGAUUUCUAAAUUUGUUAGCAAUUUGUUAGGUCAAUGUAUACAUUUAUACAUGAAGUAAUAUCAGAAUAAUAUCAGAAUAUAAUUUGUUUACUUAAUACACUUGUAGGAUUUAUUAUUUUAUUUUCUGCAAGUAUGGGGGGAUCAUUCCUUUGCUUUUAUUUUUGUUGCAUUCAACUAUUUAUGAUGUCUCUCCCUCUGCUUUUCCUCCUUAUAGCUCAUCCCUUCAUAUUCCUUCCUUCACUUUCCCAUAUCCCUGUUCUCUCCCUCGUCGUCUUUUACUGCUCUGCAAAGGCUCUUCCCCACAUUCUUUCUGGAGUUUAGAAAUGUGCUGCUUUUUCAUGUUCCAUCUCUCCUGAUAUAACUGCUCUCCUCUAACAUCACCCAGGUAAUAUAAGCAGAAAUAUUGUUUGCAUUUGGCCAAUCCCUCAUUCUCAAAAUCUGCAUGUAAUACAUUUCAUCAUGCUAGGGAUCGUGUGUGAGUACCAAAAUAAUAUUGCAUAGAGUAGGCAUCAGUAAUAAAAUCACCAGUCUUUAAAACCAAAAGAAUUAAUUACACAAACACCUAAAAGCUCUCAGCAGUCUGAAAAAUAGAAUAUAAAAAAUCUGAUAUAAUUUUCCAUUUAUUUACAUCACCACACAAUGCAGGCAUAAGAAUGAAUGAUUCUGUAUGUUUGAUGCAAUCUAAUGGUUUAUUAAGGGGAUGCACUAAAUAUUUGUAUUUCGUCUAAUAGUGUAUAGUAACGCAAAAUCCACAGGGGAGGUAAACAGGAUUUAUUGCUAACAUAUGAUAAGGAGAUUUUGUUUCACAAGGCCAGAAUCUAGAUCUAAGUGCCAGGAUGGACAUAAAUGAACUAUUUAAUUUAAUUUCACAGUGAUGUCACCUGUUAAUAAUAACAUUUAUGCUCAAACAGCCUGAUUAUUGGCAUUUAUCUACGCCGGAUCUACAGCUGAUUUUUUUUGGCAUGUCUGCUUUUCUUCUUUAUAAUUAUUUAGUAUGAAUAUUCAACCCAAUAAUUUAUAUUCAAAACUAACUUUUAAUUAUUAAGUAUUAUGCAUUUCAAGUGAAAACAUAAUUACGGAAUAUUUUUGUUUUUGAAAGGUCAUGAGAAGAACAGGAGCUUAAGAUGCAUCAGGUUAUGGAUUAACUGGAACUAGAUGCAGGGAACUAAGGUUUAGACGCAUAGGUUACCCUCAUAUUUUUGGAUGACAAGAAGCCAGACCAGAUAGAUACAUGUUACAAAUGACUGCAAAGAAAUCCUUUCCAUUAAAGAAUUUUGGAAGUCAGAGACAAGCAGAAGAACAAGAUGGCAUAGGUCAAGAAAUAAUAGUAAUUGGAGUGGAACAGUGCUACAGUACUGAUCACAGAGGUGGGUGGAGCUGCACACCUGAGGGGAAGGCAACCCUCAAACCCUUCAAAAAAUCUGGGAGAACAGGAAACAACAAAAAUACAGGGUGCGCUAAUGAGAGAUAAUAUUAACAAAUGAGAGAUAAUAUUGUGGCGAAACCGGCCUCGCCACGUGUCCUUGGAGGGGGCUGCUUGCCCGCCUCUUGCCUUUGGACUAUGGACCAGACUUUAUGUGAAUGUGUUAACCCAGAUAGCUAUGCCAUGGAGUCCAUUCGUGUAGUUAAAGACUUCGGCUCCAUGGCAAUUGAACUGUGUGAAUAGGAUCUGAGCGCUAUUCGGUAGUUUUGUGCGCUCAGAUCACAGCUAUCUGGGGAUAUGUGAAAUGUCUGUGUCUUAUGUGUAAAAGGUGACUUUAUGUAUUUUAAAGUGUUUUGUGUCUUUUUGCAACCAUGUGCUUAAUGGAGUCUUGUGUCUGUCCUGGGAGAUAAUUGAAUUACUCUCAGGAUAGAAGACUCUGAAACUGGUUUGGGCCAGAAAGCCAUGCUUCAUUUAGUCACAAAGGACUUUCCCUUAACUUUUGAACCCCUGGUCUGAUUCGUGCCAUUUUUUAAUAUGCUGUUCCCCUGAAUGGAUUGAUUAUGAAAAUGUAUGUUUUAUGUUUGUGACAUGUAUAUUUUAGAAGUUAUAAAUAUUGUGUAAAAACUGUAUUCCUCUGCCGGUGAUAAUGAGAUUACCCAUUGUGUUCAGUAAUCAUAUCACAUGCAGAGGGGAGGAUUUUGUGUGGGAGUGUCUGGGUGUAUUGUACGGAUUGAUUGGUUGUUUUGUAACGCCCUGUGGGCUGUACUAUGUUUGUGGAUUGGGAAUAAAAGAGACUGUAUGUGACAGUACAGGGAGUUCCUGUUUUAACCCUCAAAGUGAAGUGUCGUCUCAUUAUUGGGGGAAGGAUUUAUUGUAUGCUGUUCCAGUUUGACUGCUGGGAGAGUAAACCUAUUCGUAUGGUUCCUAUUCAACUGUCUACAGCAUUCAUAUGCUUGAGAGAAGGUAUACGCUUCUCUGGUUCGGUGAUUGUGGUGUCGGCUGCAGUGCUUGGAGUCCUCAGGAAGCGCUAGGAGCAUCUUUCAACGGAGGUACCCAGUCGGGGUGCCAGGCGAUCCGUUACAAAUAUUUACAAAGAAAGUCUCUGAAAAUACAAGGUGGGCCUUGGGUAGGUCUUCUUAGGUUCUUGAUAAGGUCCUCAGUGGUUAAUAUGAAAAACAAAAGUAAACACAAGCUCUAGGUAAAACAGCAUACAGUGGUAUUUGAAACUCCCCACAUGUAGGAUAUAGCUGGACAAUAGGUGAUUCUUCAAUACUUUGUACAACGUCUCAAAUACGCGUCAGCAUAUAAAAUACAUAAGAGUGAAGAAAAAAAACCAAUGGUGCAAUAACGUAUGACACCUGCAGCUACAGACAAACACUGAAGUCCUAAGAGUGCCAACUUACAAUAAAAAGAGCUAUAACCCGCUCUAAGUAAAACAGCAUACAGUGGUAUUUAAACUCCCCACACGUAGGAUAUCCUUCUGGUGAUGUAUGGAGUGCAGGAUUUAUGAAAGACAAAAGCACAAAAGAGAGCCCAUAGUGUUCUCAGUAGAUAAAAUUGGUGCUAAAAGGUAAAAUGAAACGUACUUACAAUAUAUAGAGCAGCCGCACUGCUCUAUGAACCAGGCGUGAGUGGAAUAAUCCCCACCUAAGGAUUUCUUUGUAGUACUGGAUCUUUUAAAACAGUAAAAAAUCAACUAGGAUAAAAAUAGCAAAAAUAAAAGUAGAAGGACUGACCAUAGAAAUAUGGGUAGUCUAAAAAGUACUUUUAUUAUGACAAGAUCAUAAAAAAAAAAAAAAACUACGCGUUUCGCCCAAAAUAGGCUUUUUCAAGUAUAGGUCAAGAAAUGCAAUGGCCUGAAAAAAGGGACUUAAGUCAUAGAUACUCCAGACUGAUAUUAAAACAAUAUGAGGCAUAGUAACUAUAAGAAUCCAAAUGGGAAUUAGAUUACAGAUGUAAGUAUAGAUGUCCAACAUAGAGACCAUGAAAUCAUGUGGUGCCAAGUUAGUACGCAAGCGCCUCUAGUGGCUGUCAAUGAGACAGCCACUAGAGGGAAUGGGGGAAGGCUUAACCCAUUCAUAAACAUAGCAGUUUCUCUGAAACUGCUAUGUUUAUAAAAAAAUGGGUUAACUCUAGAAGGACCUGACACCCAGACCACUUCAUAAUGCUGAAGUGGUCUGGGUGCCUAGAGUGGUCCUUUAAAUUAUACCUGGGUGAAGAAUUUCUUUAAUGUGUCCCUUAUGAGACUGACUAACUAGUCGUCUCCCACUAUACACUUUUUUUUUGUGGUAAAUUCACCUAUCAAAGUUACUUGAUGGAUUAAUGUGGCGGUAAUAGGGUAGAUUGUAAAUGUGUAGGACAUCAAGUGGGAGGUAGACGACAGGGCAGGUGGGUGUAGAUGUGUGAAAAAAAGGGUGGUGGGUAAGCGACAGUGUAAGUGAUAUCAAACAGGAAUGGUAGGUAGCUGUAAACGGGUGUUAAAUGUUAAUUGAGUGUGUGACAGGGAUUGUAAAUGGAAGAUAAGAGAGCUAGGAGGUGGGAGAUGCUGGGUGCAAAAUGUGUGGAAGAAUAAUAUGUGGGCGGUUCUGUAUUAAUAAAAUUGAGGCAUACUUCAAGGAGUUUAGUCUCUACCAGGUAUGGCAAGUACAGCAGACUACACUUCUUUCUUUCAGAUGGCCACUGGCGGUAUCUAACCAGUGCAUGCAGAUACACAUACACUUAAAGGACCACUACAGACACCCAGAUCACAUCAGCUCAAUGAAGUGGUCUGGGUGCCAAGUCCCUCUAGUUUUAACCCUGUAGCAGAAAACAUAGCAGUUUCAGAGAAACUGCUAUGUUUCACUGAGGGUUAAUCCAGCCUGAGACAGCCACUAGAGGAGCUUCCGCGAUUCUCACUGUGAAAAUCACAGUGAUAAGACGCUGAACGUCCAUAGGAAAGCAUUGAGUAAUGCUUUCCUAUGGGUGGUUUGAAUGCGCGCGCAUGCGUAUUCAGAGUUGAGAGGCAGAUCGGGGCGGAGGGUUCCCCAGCACCAAGGGAGUCCGGCGCUGGAGAAAGGUAAGUGCUGAAGACACACACACACUCUCACGAACAGACGUAUACACACUAGCUAACAGACACACACACUCUCACGAACAGAUGCAUACACACUAGCUAACAGACACACACAUUUACUGACAGACACACACUCAGUGACAGACAUACAUACACACUCACUGACAGACAGACACAUAUACACUCACUUAUAAAGCACACACUCACUAACAGACACCAAACAGACUCACUAACAGACGCACACAAACUAACACACUCAGUAACACACACACAGUAACACACACUAACACACACACUAACACACACUGACACAAAAACUAACACUAACACACACACACACUAUAACACUAACACACACACUCUAACACUAACACACACACACUAACACAAAAACUAACACACACACUCUAACACUAACUACACACUAACACAUACAAAAACUAACACUAACACACACACACUCUAACCCUAACACACACACACUAACACAAAAACUAACAUCACACACACAAUCUAACACACACACUAACACGAAAACUAACACUAACACACACACUCUAACACUAACACACAUACACACACACUAACACACACACUAACACACACAAAAACUAACACACACUAACACACACACACUAACACACACAAAAACUAAGACUAACACACAGACACUAGCUAACACACACUCCCAUGAGUGCUUCCUCUUCAGCUCCGUCGCACGUCGCGUAUUGAUGCCGGAGCCAGAAUAUGACGCCAUCUUCUGGCUCCGGUAUCAUUGCGGUGCGCGAGGGAGCUGAAGGGGAAGCCCUCGCACGCCCGCCACCCAGACAGCCCGCCGAGUGACACCACCAGGGCCAGCCAGGAGCAGAGGCUGGCCACAGUGGGUACAUACAAGGUCGCAGGGCGGCCAGGCCCCCUGGUGGGCCGGGCCCGGUCACAGGAGCGACCCUUGCGACCCCGGUAUGUACGCCACUGUAGAUGGCAGUGGCAGUAGUAAAAUUAUCCCCCCACAUUGUGGGGAAAUGCAAUGUAAUCGUUAAGACAGGCAAUCCAUGAAGGGCUACUAAACUGGUUCAUGGAUUGCAGGCUACUAAACUGGUUCAUGGAUUGCAGGAUAAAACUUACAAGGAAAGGUUAAAGGAUCUUAACAUGUAUAGCUUGGAGGAAAGACGAGACAUGGAGGAUAUGAUCGAAACAUUUAAAUACAUAAAGGGAAUCAACACAGUAAAGGAGGAGACUAUAUUUAGAAGAAAAACUACCACAACAAAAGGACAUUUAAAUUAGAGUGGCAGCAGUGGUGGAUCCAGGGUGCAGGGCAACGGGGCAAUCCCCCCCCCCUCUCUUGCCCCACCCUCUCGGCUCUCCUUCACUCUUCCCUGCAGGGCCAGCUCGAACCAAGCGAGGGAUACGGAGAGGGUAGUGGACGCAUGGAAUAGCCUUCCAGCUGAAGUGGUAAAGGUUAACACAGUUAGAGAGUUUAAGCAUGUGUGGGAUAGGCAUAAGGCUAUCCUAACUAUAAGAUAAGGCCAGGGACUAAUGAAAGUAUUUAGAAAAUUGGGCAGACUAGAUGAGACGAAUGUUACUAUGUUUUUGUACCAUGGCACACAAGGGCCUUAAUCAUGUAGCCUGUGGCUGAAACAUUGUAUCUUUUGAUUUUGCCCUAUCGAACCAAUAAAACUUUUCAUUUGAUUUGCACGACAUUGGAAUGCCUCUGGAUUGCCUUUCUUAACCAUUUAAUUGGGGACUGCUGGUGCAUACUGCAGAGCUCAGUGUACCUAAUUCCUGUGUGCUGGACAGCUUUUGCUUUUUGUAUGCAUCAUCAUUGUGUUCUGUGGUCCAUCAUGCAUCAGAGGUGUGGAAGCGUUGCUCAUGUCCUACCAGCUGCUGCACCUCCUCCCACUUUCUUUACAGCAGCCACCAGCUCUGCUGAAGUGUUGGUACGGAAUCAGUGGCUGCCUUAAACAUAGAGAAAACUGCAGCAUUUUGUAAUAAAGACAUUUUUCUAAUAAAAUAAAAUGCCUACUAGAGGCAAGAAUUGGUGAGCCGCCUUGCAAGCUAAGGCUCUGGGUGGAUAGCACCUGUACUCAUGUAGAGAAAGAAGGCCAAGCUGGAGCAGUGCCCACUAAACUAUAACCUGGGUAGUAAACAGAUUCACUGUAUAGGCCACUGUCAUUAAAUGAUGUUGAAUGAUCAGACUUGGGUGGUGGAGAAAAUUCUAGGCCAAAAAGCAGAUCAGAAUGAGAGAGUCCAGAGGACACAGCAGAAAGGAAUUUCGUAGUCUACUUGGAAGAGGCAGCAGGUGCAAAGUAAUACCUCAUUAGCAGAAAUGAAUGUCAACACUUUUCUUGUAGAACUCGAGCACACAGAGAGGAAAAGGAAAAAGAUUAACAUAAACCCUUGAAUGGAACUGAUGCAUAAAGCGACAUAAACAAAGAGGUGACAUAAAGUGACUGAUUACUAACCAUAUAAUGAUUUAAUUUUUUAAGAUAAUUCUGAUUAAAUAUUUGUAUUUUGUUUUUCGAAGUAAUGCGACAUUCAUAAAUCAUGCUUAAGCAUGUGUUUAUUACGUACUAUGAUAAAUAUAUUUUUGUAUGCUUAGAAUUUUUUAUUAAUACAACUGGGUUAUCUUUUUUACCUUUAUGUAAUUUGUGCUUUUGAAAACCCAAUAAUUAAAGGGACACAAUAGUCACCCAUAUCACUUCAGCUCAAUGAAGUGGUCUGGAUGUCGGGCCCCUCAGGUUUUAACCCUUCAGAUGCAAACAUAGCAGUUUCAGAGAAACUGCUAUGUUUACAUUUGGGGUUAAUCCAGCCUCUAAUGGCUGUCUACCGGACAGCCACUAGAGGUGCAACUGCAACGCUGGAGGCACAUUUCGCCUCCAUCGCGCAGAGCGUCCAUAGGAAAGCAUUGAGAAAUUAUUUCCUAUGGACACUUUGAAUGCACGCACAGCACUUGCCACGCAUGCGCAUUCGGCUCCGCUGACGUUGGACAGGGAGCUGACGUCGGCGGGGGAGGAGAGGUCACCAGCGACGAGGGAGCCCAUUGCUGGAUUAAGGAAAGCUGCUGAAGGGGUUUUAACCCCUCCAGCGCCACAGGAGGGGGACCCUGAGGGUGAGGGCACCCUUAGGGCACUAUAGUGUUAGGAAAACCGCUUUGUUUUUCUGACACUAUAGUGAUCCUUUAAGUGAUCUUUUUUGUGCUUAACUGAUGCGUUCAGUUUCCUAUGUCAUCAAAAUCCACAGAGCGAAUUACCUCCUCAAUAAAAUAAUUAAUUAUUUAAAUUAACAGAGAAAGUCUAGGUAACAAAAUAACACUUAAUCAAACUCAUAAUGUAAUAUCAAUAAACAGCAGACAUCAAGAAGGAAUUUGGACUACACAAGCAUAAAUAGGAGUAUGCAGAAAUAUAACGACUUGCUUAAUUUAAUAGUAUGGCUCUUUUAUUUCUAUGAUGCCAAUUAUACCUUAAAAAGAUAAUCUGUGAAAAAAAACACCAGAAAAAUAUUUUCAAAAGCAUGAUACAUUUAAAUUUGACAAAUUUCUGAAUACUGUUACUUUUGUUCGGCAAAACUAUACAAAGUUAGUUCUGGCUCUAUAAUUAUUGAAGCUAUAUAAUUAUUCCCACACUAUGAUUUUGCAUCUACACGGUGAAGUGGACAAGGCGUAUUAUAUUUUCCAUGAGAUAAUAGCACAAGAAUAUUGUUGCUUCUGAAUUCUGAGAAACUAAAACGGGUACAAGCGUUUUAUUAAGCAAAUGUUAAUUGAGGUCUUAUUUCCUUCUGUAGUCCUCAUGGCUUAAUUUCAUGUUCUUUAAUGCCAUAAUGUCUCGAAAUACUUUAGAAUUACCAUGACAUUAUAUAUUAGCUACAUUAUAAUAAUACAAUUUCUAUUGACUUUAAAAAAAAAUGUGUGCACAGGCCAGGAACCGACGUUCAUAGGGAAUGUAAAAAUAAUGUAUUUUGUCAGAAUCUAAUGAACAACCAGAAGGGGAUCAAUUAGAAAGCUUCUAAGCCCAAAGAAAUAAUAUUUUAGGAUAAAUUUUAGUAAGGAUUUAAGAGGCAAUUACCAUGUUUACAGUAUCACUGUUAAACUAAUGGACCAUAUGGCAUCAAUCAGUAUUAGACAGCAAGUUGCUGUUUACUAAGGAAUAGAUGGAGAUAGAAAGAUAAUUAUAAUAAUCAUAAUAAGAACUGUUUAUGCAGUGAUUUUUAUUCUUAUAUCAAGUUGUUUUUUUACCACUUUACUUUUUCCAUUUCCUAAGUCUACUGUAAUUGUCAGGAAAGUAGUAGUAUCAGGUAGACUCCUCCCUCACCAGGAAGAGGCUCCGCCAAUCAGGUGCCUCUCAUUCUGGUGUUAUCCCAUAAACUAAGGUCCAGUAAAGGUUCAUAGGAUAAGUAGUUUAUCCGCUGGAGCAGUUCCAGUCGUGACAUAGGGUUAGAGGAACUGCUCUAUAAUUUGAAAGCAGCAAGUUUUGUGUACCGUGGUGUGUUAUGAUAAGUCGAGCCAUAGACAUCUCUCUUAAGAAAGAGCUCAGGUUGUUGUGUAUGUGUAUGCUACAAAAUUGACACAGGCAGGAACUGAGCAUUUAGAUUGCUAGCUUUGAGCCUGGUUUACCACUUCAGUCAUUUUUAACAAACUUCUCUUGUUAUAAACAUCUCUCAUAAUUAAGAGUGACGACUCUGUGCCAUAAACUUUACACUAAUGCAAAGCUGUUAUGGGUCAUAGAUUGCAACUUAAGAUUUAAGUGUGCUUAUAGCUGUUAUUAAAAAUAAAACGCAAGACCUUUUUUUCUCAAAUCCUCUAGUGAGGAUUUAAGAAGCAAUUAUCACAAUUACCGGAUCACUGUUGAACUAAUGUCCACUGAAGGAACUGUGUAACAUUAAAGUAUACAAAAUUGGAGCAGCAUGGCUUAAGGUUUCAGCACCAAAUGGUUAAAUGGACUCUUGGACUCUUAUCAAGGGAAGCAAGAAGAAUUGUGUGGAACUAAGAGCUCCUUCACAUAGCUGGCAAGUCGACUUUGUGGCAUAAAUGCCAAUUAACAACUAACUAGUGCUGAGAUUGGGGUCCUGAGGAAUUAGUAGAAUACUGAUUAAUUAGUAGAAUACCCUUCACCAUGUUGUUAGAUCUGUAGAUACUGAUAUUUUUUUAUAAUUGUGCACUGCAGCAGUCCGACUGUAAGGAAACAAAUGCAUAUACCAAUUUUGGGAGAUAUUCUGGCUGGAUCAGUUGAUAAAUCCUAGAUGUUUCUCAGAAGGAAGAACAAGGAUGUUUCCUUCAUGGAUAGCAUUUGAUAAUUGAGGUCUCAUAAUUAAGCAACACACAGUUUGGUUACACUUUUUAAUUCUUUAUAUUCUAUUUGUUUUGGCUUGCAUAAGUCUACUUAUCAUCAGAUGGUAUCUGUCCUGCUUGUAGUCUGUUACAGGGUUACAGGUAUAGCAGAGCAUUCACUUUGCACAUGCUCUGUGGCUUACCAGACAAGAAAGAUUUUAACUAAAUCUAAACAUUGUUUCACAUAAUCAUUUAUUUUCAGAUAAAAUCCUACAGUGCACAUUGAUAAGUAGAUUAAACACUCACCUCGUAUCAUGCCAUCAGAAGGUCAGCAAGUCCAUCUAUUGGUGCAGACUCAGUUUACUGGCAUCUCUUAAAGCGGCACUGUCAUGCCAAACUUACCUUUCUCCUGUUGUUUCCUCUUCUCUCCCUCUCUCAGAAUCUGUUGUUUUUUCUUUAUUUCUAAUCUAGUUUUCUUUAUAGCAUAAGAUAAAGUAGGGACUACUUUGUCUUGUGGAUUUCUUCUACACUUGACAUCCUUUGACCAAAGGAGCAGCUUAAGUCGGAUCCAUUUCCUAUGUCAAGGAGAAUGGUGAGUUCUUUCUUUGACACAGGAAAUGGAGCUGACCUAAGCUUCUCCUUUGGUCAAAGGAUGUCAAGUGUAGAAAACAUACAUAAGACAAAGUAGUCCCUACUUUAUCAUAUGUUUUAAAGAAAAGUAGAUUAGAAAAAAAAAGAAAAGAAGAACAGAUUUUGGGAGAGCAAGAGGAGAGGAAACAAUAGGAGAAAGGUAAGUUUGAUGUGACAGUGAUGCAUUAAGUUUUGAAUUGAAUGUAAUUUAUUUUGAGAGGAGAUAUAACUCAGUAGGGAAUCUUCACAUUAAAAUAAUAUUCUGUGUACAUUCUAUCUGAUAUUUAUGCAGGGAGAGAGAGAGAUAAAGAUCCUUUCGAUUGGUUAACCAAGAAAUCUUUACUGGGUUAUUUACUAAAGUGAGACUUCAAAGUGAAUUUCAAAUUUAAGGAAAGAAUAGUUGAGCUGAUAGCAUAGCUGACCUAUACAAUGUUUGCAUUGCUGCCAUUUUGUCCUUAAAUCUGAAAUGCACUAUGAAUUCUCACUUUAGUGAAUAGCCGUACUAAUGUUUUAACAUUUUAAUAUCUAUGUAAUUUGACUAAAGGGACAUUCUAGGCACUUUAACAACUUCAUCUUAUUGAAUCCCAUGCUCAAUCAUUGAAUGAAACCUUUCAUCAUUUUGCAUUAUAUAUGGCAGCCUAUGUUUUUGUACAUUCCUAUAAGCAAAUACAUAUUUCCAUUGCAUAUCCUGGCUUAGUUUAGCUCCAGACAAGCUUUAACUGUAAUUAUCUUUGGUCAACUUAACCGGUCGAAGAUCAAGCAGAAUAACCAACAACUAGAGUGCAUGAAUGAAUCAAUGUCAUAGAAGAGAGGGCACCAUUUUUUUGCUCAAUAUUUUUAAGGUGUCUCCACUCAUUACUAUUUGGUUUGAAAAUUAGGUAACUCUGUUCUUGCUUGGCAAGUCCAUGGUACCAAUUUAAGCUGCCCUCACACCCCUACAACUUAUCAUUGCCAGACAUAUCUUGUUCUUGUGCUUAUUUUCAUCUGAUAACGAUUCAUUUGAUAAUGAUAAUGAACUACAGCCAGCAUUGUAUAUUUGUUUUCAUCACAAUCCAAAAUGCUAUUUUUUUUUUAAUUCUGCCGUUGAUGCUGAAGCAGCUCAAAAUCAUUAUUAUCUUGAACGUUUUGUUUUCAAUAUUAAUCACACAAUUAAUCCCAAUCAAAUUGUGAGGUUAGCAACUAAAUGUCAAUUUCAUGGGCUUUGCAAUUGCAUCACAGGCUAAAAAUUAUUAACAGCCAAGCGAAUAAUUUAACAUUAUUUGCAACUUGGGAUCUGCAGCUGUAAAAUACUUCACCUACACAAGGCAGUUUUUAAUGCUUUAUUGCAAAGGUGUUAUUUGGUUUGAUCAUUUUUUGUGAUAUUAAUUUAUUCAAAUGUGUUUUCUGUCCUUUUGUCUGUUGAAUUCAAUAAAAGCAAAAUGGCUCCAUUAAUAUGUCAAUAUAAUUUGAUAAUUGCUUAGGUUUGACUGAUUAGCUAUAAAUAGGGCCCUACUUUCCUGAUCUAUAAAUACUAGAAGUAAUGUCUAAAAGAUGUGAUUGGGUCAACAUCAUUAUAGCAGCUCUGUCACUUCUUAUCACUUUUUGAGUAUUUCAUAAAGAUACAUUCUUUACCAAACACACUCAUGUUGAGUGUGUUGGAAUUUCACUGUAAUUCCAAGAAUACCAGAAGAUAUUAGAAGACAAAACAAGGACUUCAUUAAAAUUAUAACUAGAUUAGGAUAUAUUCACUAAAUAGUAAACUGUAGUGAAUUGAAAACUGAAUCAAUAAAUUAAAAUUUAGAACAUAAUAACGCAGAUGGAACAAUUCUUGCCAUAAUUUUAAAUUGUGGCUUUAAAUUCACCUAAAUUCACUAUUAAAUUAAUAAACCCUAUUUAGUUUAUCAAUUAAAACUUCUACUAUGUAGCUGUGCGAAGAGCACAUGAACCCCACCAGAAAAGAGAAUCUAUUACUCUCUAUAUAACUUUUAUGUCUUUUCAAUUAAUACACAUUUUACUGAGAGAUUGCCUGUUCUUUUCUAUAAAUCAUAGAUUUGUGAUUUUUUUUCCGGGUUUUUAUUGAUAAAAUACAGUAACCAGGUCUAUUUUUUUCUUUUCCAGGUUCGACGACCCUCCCAUGUGGUGA